GGCCAAGCCCUUAUUCAGAUCCUCACGGAACCCCAGCACCACGGCCCCCUCGGUCCCAGCGGCCCCUCAGACGUACGCCGAGUAUGCCAUUGCCCAGCCUCCAGGAGGGGCUGGGGCCACAGGGCCCACAGGCUCUGAACCUGUGAAGGGAGAGAACCCCGGCCAGACGGUGAAAACGGGAGCGAAAUCCAAUAGCAUCCUUGUGAGCCCCCGGCAGGUGAGCACUUGUCCCCUUCCCUGUUCCACCAGCCUCCGCUACCACAAUCUCCAUCCAGACUACAUCCACGAACGGCUGCAGAGCCUGGGGAAGAGCUUUGCCCUGCGUGUGCUGUUGGUCCAAGUGGAUGUGGCCACCGAGUGUCUGACCACCGUGAAGUCAGUCAACAAAACCGACAGCCAGACCCUCCUGGCUACAUUUGGAUCCCUUGAACAGCUCUUGACGGCAUCACGGGAGGACCUAGCCUUGUGCCCCGGCCUGGGCCCCCAGAAGGCCCGCAGGCUCUUUGACGUCCUCCAUGAACCCUUCCUCAAAGUGCCCCGAUGACCCGAGGUCGCUGAGGCUACAGUGUCAUAAUAAAGCAUUUUCCAGGCUGCG